AUGUAUUGCAGGGGCAUCCAUUUCCAGGAAGGAACAACGGUGAACAUGACGAUGGAUGUUGUGGAAGCUUUUCAAAGAUCCUUGAAUACUUGGGCGUCGUGGGUGAUUCAAAAUACCAAGCCUGAAAAGAGUCACAUCUUCUUCCGCAGCGUUUCACCAGUACACUACAGGGAUGGAGCAUGGAAUGAAGGUGGCCAUUGCCACACAAAUACAGCACCAGAAACAGACUAUACCAAGCUGGAGAAUGAGCCAACCAACAAUAUAUUCAUUUCUGAGGUAGUUGAGAAAAUGCAAAAUACAAGAAGAAACAUGACCUUCCUAAACAUCACAUAUCUAAGUGAGUUCAGGAAAGAUGGUCACCCUUCAGAAUAUCGUGAACCUGGCACCCCGGCUGGUGCACCACAAGACUGCAGCCACUGGUGCCUACCGGGAGUGCCAGACUCUUGGAAUGAACUUCUUUACGCCUAUCUACUGUUGAAUGGAUAUAGAACCAAGUUGAAAUGA